CGCGCUUUCCGAUUUCCUACUUUCUCUCUCCUCUCACUCUUCUCUACUCUCCAUCUGCAGUAACCUCGCACCUGGUUCCUCAGUAAAGAAGACUCCGUCUUUUUUUUAAUCUACUUCCUCGCAAUACAGUUGCGAAAGCAAUCCAGAGACACACGAUUAUCACUUCAUUUUACUAUCGCUGGUAGUCCUCCCAUCACUCUGCGCGUGUUGCGAUAGACAAUCGAGCAAAGGGUCUCGGCAUCAAAUUUUGCCAAGCGCAUCUCAACACCAUACACCAGUCUGAAUAUCUCACAAUGAGCGACGCUGCUGCUCCCCAGGCCACUGUGCCUCCACAGGCCACUACACCACAGCAACAGCCUCAAGGUACUCCCACACAAGCCGCUGCUCCUACGCCUGCUGCCUCCAGCAUCGCUGGCGGUGACCAGCUCGUUUGCCAAUGGCAGAACUGUGGCGAGCGCUGCCCCAGUGCUGAACAGCUCUAUGACCAUGUUUGCGAACGCCAUGUCGGUCGCAAGAGCACAAACAACUUGAACCUGACUUGCCAGUGGGGUAACUGCCGUACCACGACUGUGAAGCGUGAUCACAUCACCUCGCAUAUCCGUGUACACGUUCCCCUCAAGCCUCACAAGUGCGACUUCUGCGGCAAGGCAUUCAAGCGCCCUCAGGAUCUUAAGAAGCAUGUCAAGACCCACGCUGACGACUCUGUUCUUCUACGAUCCCCCGAACCCAACCGCGGCGGCCACCCUGGUGCUCCCGGCUACCAAGGUCAGGGCGGUAAGAUGGUCACUGACUUGCAGGCCCUUGCUGCUACAGCCAGCGGAUACUACCCAGGCGAUGGCUCCAUGGGUCCCGGCGCAGGCUACGGCCAGCAGCAUCCUGGGGGUGCUCCAGGCGGCUUCUACGGCGGCCCUCCUCAAAACUCUGCCUACGGCCCUGUGUACUAUGCUGUCAACCAGGCCCAGCAGUUGAACAACGACUCGUAUGAGGUCCGUAAGCGUGCUGCUUACGAUGCUCUGAACGAGUUCUUCGGUGACGCAAAACGCCGCGCCAUCGACCCUUCAACGUACUACGAUGUAGGCCAAAGGCUCAUGGGGCUCCAGGGAAUCCAGCUCCCUGCUGUCCUGGGUGCUGGCUACCAAGGAGGACUUUCCGACUACGGCCAUGGAGGCACCAUGGUCGCUCAGCCUUCCCACCCUCCCAUGCACCCCUACUCCUUGCCUCUGCCUAACUUGAGGACCAAGAGUGAUCUGCUCAAUAUCGACCAGUUCCUCGAGCAACUGCAGAGCACCGUGUAUGAGAACCCCAACCAUGCCGCUGCUGCUGGUGUUCAACAGCCUGGUGCCCAUUAUGUUCACACUGGCGCUACUUACCGCUCAAGCCACUCCCCACCAGGAUUGGCCACCACGCAUCCUCAAUCGUCACAUGCCACUGCUGUCGCAUCCACCGCCAACGACACUCCCGCAUUGACACCCGCCUCCAGUGUUCUAUCCUACGGCUCUCAACAUUCUCCUGGAUCUGGACACAACUCUGCCGUUUCUCCUACCUCAAGAGGCUCUAUCGGAAGCAUGUACCCAACUUUGCCAUCUGUUAGUGCCAUGUCUGACAUGUCGGCUGCUGCUCCUUCCUCUGGUCUCGCACCCGCAUUCGACGCUGAUGGCCGCCGACGAUACUCUGGCAACCUCCUCCAGAAGGCUGCUCCCGAUCGACGCGGCAGUGAUCAGAUGGACACAUCCGAGGACGGUGGAUCUACUCCCAAGGAGUCCCGCAACAGCCCUGAACAUGAUGCCCUCCACCACAACGUCCAUCAAUUGGCGAUUGGCUCACCAAAGGUUGACCCCGCACUCUCCAUGCGCUCCCCCAGCCAGGUGUCAUCUACCUCGACCGAACAAGCCGGCGAAGCCUCCCAGCAAUAUUGGGUUGAGAACAUCCGUGUCAUUGAGAAGCUCAGAUCCUUCAUCAAGGAAAGACUUGACGCUCAUGAUUACAGCGAUAACGAGGAUGAUGACUCGAAGCCUCGCGUCAGUGAAGACGAGCACAAUCUCUAUCCUGUACUCCGUGCAGUCCAGGAGGGACGAGAAUAAAGCAGUCCAAUACUUUUGGCUACGACGUUAUGACAAGGGCAAGGGAAGGCGUUUGGUUGAGUGGCAGAGGAAGGCUUUGGAUCUGUCUGGACUCACCAGUACAUGGGUUGGCCGGUUUAUUAUAUAUUUUACAUGUCUUUUUUUUACAUGUCUUCAACUGUUAUACUUCGAAUGCGUUGUCUUCGGACGAUGCUGCUGCCUACGCACGCAGCUUUUACUGGCAGAAUACUCUCUCUUCUUCAGUUUUCUAGUUCUUGUUUGGUGCAUCCACUACGGUGGGUAGCUCGUUCGGCAGUACGUUGUUAUACUCUUCUUUUCCUUUGAGGGCAGAUUCGUCUGCUGCAAAGACGAUUGUUACACUAUUUAGUCUGCUGUUCGAAAAUCAAGUUUCAAGUUUCCUGUCUUC